GUUUCUCUCUGCCGUGUGUUGGGUGCGUUCGCAAGAGCAGCAUAGCUGUCUACAGUCCCGUUUACAUCUUCGCGCUGCCCGACGGAGUGUAAUCAUGAGGCCAAACAGUCAAGCACUCAAACACAGACUGCCACAUGACACAGAGAAGGAGUUUGGAGGAACGCUGGGUGCUAUAUGCAUUCCCAUCUUUCUUCCGCUGACGGUGUUAUUCCUCAUCUGUGUGAGUCGAUCUCCUGAGGCUAGUGUGCUCCAGUGGCCCCCUCUCCUCCCCUCCACUGACCAGCUGUGGGACCCCCUGGCCCCCAUGCUUCUGCUGGGAUGGAUCUCUCUGCACGCCCUGCUCUAUUUGAUGCCAGUAGGAAAGGUGUCUGAAGGACUAGUGCUGAGGGAUGGAACGCGACUCAAAUACCCCAUUAAUGGUUUUCAUGGCCUGUGCAUUACCGGUGUGUUGCUGAUGCUGCUCCUGGGGCUCGGUGCUCCUCUGUGCUAUCUGUUCGAAAUACUGCAGCCCCUGGCAGUGUGCGCAAUAGCGGCGUCAUCCCUGUUAUCCGUCUACCUCUACAUCCGCUCCUUUUGGGCUCCUUCCCAUGCUCUCGCUGCAGGGGGCAAUACAGGAAAUCCCCUGUAUGACUUCUUCAUCGGACGGGAGCUAAACCCCCGGAUUGGAAACUUUGACCUCAAAUAUUUCUGUGAGCUCAGACCGGGUCUAAUUGGCUGGGUGGUCAUAAACCUCGGCAUGCUGAUGAAGGAGGUGGAGCUCCGAGGUUCCCCCUCACUCGCCAUGAUACUGGUCAACAGUUUCCAGCUGCUAUACGUGGCAGAUGCUCUGUGGAAUGAGGAGGCUGUUCUGACUACCAUGGACAUUGUACAUGAUGGUUUUGGGUUCAUGCUGGUCUUCGGUGACCUGGUCUGGGUUCCCUUCACUUACGGCCUGCAGGCAGCCUUCCUGGUGAUGCACCCACGGACCCUCACUUCAUUCGAGGCUGCAGCUAUAAUAGCACUGAAUGGCGCUGGAUAUUACAUUUUCAGAAAAUCCAACUCGCAGAAGAACCAGUUCAGACGAGACCCUUCUCAUCCGAGUGUUGCACGACUGGAGACCAUUGCAACAGCAACAGGUAAGCGGCUGCUGGUGUCCGGCUGGUGGGGUCUCGUUCGUCAUCCCAAUUACCUUGGAGACCUCCUCAUGGCGCUGGCGUGGUCCCUGCCGUGUGGAUUCUCACAUAUACUACCUUACUUCUAUGUCAUAUACUUCACCAUCUUGCUGAUUCACCGAGAGGCCCGCGAUGAGAGACAAUGCAGGGCCAAGUAUGGACUUGCGUGGGACACCUACUGCCGACGUGUCCCCUACAGGAUCUUCCCCUAUAUAUACUGAAAAGGAAAGCAUAGGCGGGGGAACGGGACCAAAACUGUCACACAGCAUCCAGGUCUCUGCGAGGGCACACAAACUUAGCUAGAGCUGGGAAUGUAAAUCCAGCUUCCGUUAACACAGCAAUAACUGCCGCUGCCACAGGGAAUCUGCAGUGAGAGACCACAGCUUUAAUCAGCCUACAUAUGUAAAAGGCUACGGUCCAGUUGCAAAAUGAUGGGUCGCCACUUCGGUUCCUUGCAUUUUGACUUCGAAACCCUGUGGCUGUCUGAAGGUAAUAUCUGUCGGCACCACGCGCAUCCCUUUUGUAAAAUUCAAGGGAAAACACGAAAAGCACUGACUGGAAUACUGGAACAACAUAUCAGUGCCUUUUUUUAAUUGAGCAUUUUAUUUUUACAAUGUCGUCUUUUUUCUGAAGUGUAUGGUUGCCUGUGAAAUACAGUUGAAAUAAAAAAAAUAUACACACUA